GACCUCAACCCAGCCAUGGAAAAGAAUCCAGUGUAUGAGCUUCCGGACCGACUUCGUAUGACUGAAAUGUCUGGAGGCAAAGACAGCACAGCUCUAGGACACGCAAGGCCCAAGAAACCUACAAGAGGGAAAAUAUCCGGUCGAACAUGUGCACUAGCCUUUGCUGCUCUUGUUGUGAUGGCUCUCACUCUGGUGAUAGUGAUCGCCAUUAUUGUGUUCAGACCCACGACAACUGAGUCCAGGACUGAGACCAGCGCCUCUAGUGAUCAGGUGGAACUACUCAAACAAGAGAUGAAGAAUUUAAGGGAGCUUGUCAGCGAACAAGCUACUAAACAUGCUUCCAACAUUUCAUCAUUGAAAGAGCUUCACGGCAAUGCAAUAGAAGAAAUCCAACAGCUAUUUAGUGGCUCAAAUCUAAGAAACAACGAGAUUAUUCAAGAGCUACAAAAUCAACUGGACAACUCGAAUCAAACGAUUCAGCAGCAAAUAAGUAGCUCAAAUCUAAGAAACAACGAGAUUAUUCAAGAGCUACAAAAUCAACUGGACAACUCGAAUCAAACUAUUCAGCAACAGAUAAGGAGCUCAAAUCUAAGAAACAACGAGAUUAUUCAAGAGCUACAAAAUCAACUGGACAACUCGAAUCAAACUAUUCAGCAGCAAAUAAGUAGCUCAAAUCUAAGAAACAACAAGAUUAUUCAAGAGCUACAAAAUCAACUGGACAACUCGAAUCAAACUAUUCAGCAACAGAUAAGGAGCUCAAAUCGAAACAACGAGAUUAUUCAAGAGCUACAAAAUCAACUGGACAACUCGAAUCAAACUAUUCAGCAGCAAAUAAGUAGCUCAAAUCUAAGAAACAACGAGAUUAUUCAAGAGCUACAAAAUCAACUGGACAACUUGAAUCAAACUAUUCAGCAGCAAAUAAGUGGCUCAAAUCUAAGAAACAACGAGAUUAUUCAAGAGCUACAAAAUCAACUGGACAACUCGAAUCAAACGAUUCAGCAGCAAAUAGUUCAGCUAACUGUAAACAUUGAUGCUAAAAUCGACAACACUACCCAGAUGCACAAUCAGAGGUACCUCGACUGCAAACAGACUGCUUUCUCUCUGAAUGAGCAGACACAGAGAAAUGUCAGCCAACAGAUCGAGCUACAGGCCACCAAGUGUUCAGAGGGAAUCAAUGCACUACAGCUGCAAGCAAACAACUCAAACACAGCAAUUCAAAUAGUGCAAAUGAACAUUCAAACUUUGGGAUUAAAUCUCACGGAAACAAGCACAAAUGUUGAAACUCUUGAAUACAAUUUUAGGGAGCUAAACGCAACAGUUAUUGAACAAUUGGCAUUAAGUUGUGAAGUGCAAUCCCCACCUACUAAUGGAGGUGUCAAUGUACAGGCUGGUCCAAACUCACUAACUUAUGGACUGGGCUCAGUGGCUACCUACUCAUGUGACCCAGGCUAUGCUCUAGUGGGACAGAGGACCAGGACUUGUCAGGACAAUAACGGAGGGACAGUCACCAUGGGAACAUGGAGUGGUGCACUACCACUUUGUCAAGCUCUACACUGUCUGGAGCUUGCAACACCUAAUAAUGGAAAUGUGGUACUCAGUAACCCAUCUCUACUAGUGGGUACCAUGGCUACCUACACCUGUAACCAAGGCUACGUCCUAGCUGGUGAUACAACAAGGACUUGUAAUGAGAGAAGUGACAGAACUAUUGGAAGUUGGAACGGAAUCAUGCCCAGAUGUGAAGUUAUCAUCAGAUGUCAGCCAUUGACUCAGCCGAGUAAUGGAGUAGUCAGUAUCUCUACUGGUACACAGGGAGUGAACCUUGGUGUGGGAGCUAUAGCAACCUACUCCUGCAACACUGGUUACAGACUAGUGGGACAAGCUAGCAGGACCUGUGUUAGUGGUGGCGGGACUAACGGAACAUGGAGUGGAACUGAACCAACUUGUGAAGAGAUACUCACUUGCCCCUCAUUAAGUCCCCCAACUAACGGAGCUAUCACAUUCACUCCUGGUGCUGACAACAGCAACAUUGGACUGGGCUCAGUGGCUACCUACUCCUGUAACAUCGGCUAUGUACUAGUGGGACACACCACCAGAACAUGUCAGAGCUUGUAUGGGGGAGCUUCAGCAGCUUGGAGUGGAAACAUAACAAUUUGUCAAGAGGCAGUCUACUGUCCAGUGCUAACGGCCCCUGGCAAUGGUAGUGUGACGGUCAGAUCUGGAUUCAACCCCGUCAGUGUGGGCUCAGUGGCUACCUACUCAUGUGAUCCAGGCUACGCCCUCUUGGGAACCACCACCAGGAAUUGUGCGGACCCAGACAGUGACUCAGUGGGAACAUGGACUGGAGCAAAGCCAGAAUGUGCAAUCAUUAUUUGCGUUGAGUUGACAGUUCUUGAAAACGGCACCCUUGUGAUCAGUUCUACUCUGCUUGGUGUGGGUACUACUGCCAGCUACACCUGUAACCAAGGUUAUGUUCUGGUUGGCGAUGUCACUAGGACUUGUCAGGACACCAGCGGAGGGACUGCUACUAUAGGAUCAUGGAGCGGAAGUGACCCAGAAUGUCAAGUGAUUCAUUGCUCUGAGUUGACGGUUCCUGAAAACGGCACCCUUGUGAUCAGUGCUACUCUGCUUGGUGUGGGUACUACUGCCAGCUACACCUGUAACCAAGGUCAUGUUCUGGUUGGUGAUGUCACUAGGACUUGUCAGGACACUAGCGGAGGGACUGUUACUAUAGGAACAUGGAGCGGAAGUGACCCAACAUGUGUUGUACCUAACAGAGCUAUGAUAGAUUGUCAAGAUACAACUUGCCGAUACGAACAGCUGGUGUGUCCAGAACAAGAUAACUGCACAGUAGAUUGCUAUGACUCAAGAUCGUACGCUUGCUUCCAGACUGACGUGUAUUGUCCGAGUGGGAUAGGAGAUUGUACGCUCAACUGUGACGACUCUUACGCCUGUCUACAAGCUAACACAACAUGCCCUCAGGGAGACUGCAUUGUGAACUGCCUGAAUGACUACACAUGUUUGAGCUCAGCUUUUAAAUGCUCUGGAGACAACUGCAUCUUCAACUGUCAGAGACAAGAGUCGUGUUCUAAUUCAAACAUGGAAUGCACGAGUGGCAACUGUACGGUAAAUGGCAGAGGUUACUAUUCUCUUCGAUACUCAACAGUCUCCUGCCCACCAGAUGGAGAAUGUGUUGUCAACUGUACUGGUGACCUUUCUUGUCAAAGCUCUCAGCUCACAUGUCCGAGUGGAGGCAACUGUGUGUUUAAUUUCCAUGGGGACCACUACAAUAAUGAUUAUAUUGGAAGGGACACAACCAUUUCAUGCCAGGAGAACAGUACCUGCAGUAUCUCCUGUAGUGGCCGAUAUACAUCCAACGACCACCAAUGCUAUCGCUCUCGCAUCACCUGCCCCUCAGAGAGUGGGGACUGUAGUGUAGAGUGCAGUGGGUACUGGUCUUGCCAGUCUUCAACCAUUGUCUGUGGUCAUGGCAGAGAGUGCUUGAGUUGCAGCGGCACAUACUCUUGCUACAGUGCAACCAUCACACUUCCUAACAUUGAUAGGGCCAGCUUAAAUUGCACUGGAUCCUACUCAUGCUACAGUGCAAGAAUAACCUGUCCAAUUAACAACGACUGUGCAAUAAAUUGCAGGAGCUUAUUCUCCUGCAGGUAUGCAACUAUUACACUUCCCAACACUGAGACAGGCAGCUUAAGUUGCGCUGGAUCUUUCUCAUGCCAAAACACAAGAAUAUCGUGCCCACAUAACAACACCUGUACGAUAAAUUGUACUGGCCAGUCCUCUUGCAGCAGUGCAACUAUCACACUUCCCAACACUGGCACAGGAACUUUAAGUUGUACUGGCCAGUCCUCUUGCAGCAGUGCAACUAUCACACUUCCCAACACUGGCACAGGAACUUUAAGUUGUACUGGCCAGUCCUCUUGCAGCAGUGCAACUAUUACACUUCCCAAUAUCGAUACAGCCAGCUUAAAUUGCACUAGUGAAAGCACAUGCCAGGUUUCAAGAAUCACCUGCCCAAACAACAACAAUUGUACAAUACAUUGUGACGGCCAGUACUCUUGUAACAAUGCCCGAGUGACCUGUCCCACUGGAGACCACAGCUGCAACAUCCUCUGCACUGACCCGCUGUCCUGUCAAGGCUUGAGUAUCACGAACACACACAAUGUCUACCUACAAUGCUGCGGUAGUUUGUCCUGUGCCGGAACUACUGUCACCCCAUCCUCAACAGAGUGUCCGUACAUACAAUAACAAAGACACAAAAAAUUAGUUUAGGUGCUGCAUUAGUGAAACACAUACUCUAUAGAACUAAAUAUAGAAUGUACUGUUUUGGAAACUGUCACAUUAGUUUUUAUCAUAAAAUUAAUGUGUAUUAUGUCCAUUG